AUGGCUGAUGGUAAGGCCACCCUUUGGUAUUCACGCUUUAUUUCUGAUAUAGAUGAUCAUGACCUUUCUAUGAUUCGGUCUAACCCACGACUGAGCGAUGCGUAUGAACUUAGUGUUCCAACACCCCAGGAACACCCCGCAAACCCUCCGGAAGGCUUCAUGACCGUUUUUAGAGACCAUAUUUUAGGCGGCCUUCGGUUUCCUAUCCAUCCCUUCCUUUUAUCCCUAAGCCAAUACUUCGGCAUCUGCCUCUCUCAAUUUGCCCCCAACUUCUUCAGAGCCGUUAGGCCUGGUUUCAAGUUCUUUUCUGACAUGCCCUCUUCCCACAAGGGAUGGAAGUCUCGUUUCUUCUUCAUUAGACCACCUGACCCCUUGGUCGAGCUGACCCAGUGGUGCUUUGACGUCCCUUCCAACCUCCCUAUACAUCAACACCAGCCUUCCUGUAACGCCACUUCAGAAAAACUCCAAGGCGUGAGCGUUAGCUUGUCUAUUUUACUGUUGGAAGGCUUUAUGUAUUUAUUCGGGCUCAGCCCCGAUCGGGCGGACAUAGGGGCUCCAUUUGAGGCUGUCAUGCUCCGAGCGUACUCCUCAGACGUAAAACGCCAAUCUAUCUCUUAUUUAAAAGCUUUAAGCUCAGAGAUUAAACAGGGUUUGGCAGCUUCUUCUCAGUCCAGUACUUCUGCCUCCCGGUCUAUUCCCUCUGCUCCACCGCUAGCCCCCCUUGCGCCGAUCCAGGAGGACACUUCUUCGGCCCUUCCUCUGCAUGUGACUCCUAUGGAGGACUUAGUCAUGGUGGUAGAGGACCCAACCCCUACAGAGCGGGCUGAGGAAGAGCGGGCUGCCUCUCCUCCGCUGGCCAAACGUCUAAAGCUUCAGCGCAAAAGGAAAAGGGUUAUUCCAGCAACUCCGGCAUCACCCCCACCUCCCUCUGGCCGUCGCUUUGUUGCUACUCCCCAUUCUCCAGAAACCAGGGCUGCUACUCCUGACCGGGAGAUUGCUUUGGGGCCGGAGGUUCCCGUUAUGUCACCCCAGAUAUCUGCCCCAACUCCCGGUCUGGUUAUAACUUCUGAUCAGGCCUCUUUUCCUGCUACAACUUCCUCUCCCGGGCAGCUACCCCUUCCUUUAAUGGAUCAGCCCGGAAGUUCUGCCACUCAAUCUGCCUCCCUUCCUUUAGCUGCUCCCAUCUCUGCUCCUAGGUCUCGAAGGAAAAUUCGCAAGAAGUAUUCAUUUACUGACUCUUGGCGCCUGCCUUCUUCCACAGAGCCGGGUGCUGCCGAAGAGACUGCAGAAGAGGCUCCUCCCCCGGUUGCCCUGGUUGAAUUAUAG